UAUGUUUCUCUGCCACGUUUGGAUUUGUUGCACUUACACAAAUUAUAUGGCAAUAAUUCAAUACUUUCAACGUAUUUAAUUUGAAUACUGACAAAACAAAAUUCAAUUACAUAUAGUGCAUUGAUACACCACGUUAUUACUGAUAUUGGACUCGAGCUGACACAUCACCAUGAAGGUGAAAGAAAUUAGUCGAACUGCUAAUAUAGCUUGGUCGCCCCAGCCACAGCACCCAGUGUACAUGGUUGCAGGCACAGCAGCGCAGCAGCUAGAUGCAACAUUCAGCACGUCAGCUGCCCUGGAGCUGUACCAUCUCAAUCUUGACGAUGCUUCCCUGGACAUGCCUGUAGUGGCUAGCAUACCAUCAGACUGCAGGUUUCAUAAAGUGGCAUGGGGCUGUUAUGGAGUGUCAGACAAGCUGUCAAAUGGUGUGAUAGUGGGUGGGGCAGACAAUGGCGGCUUAUUUGCUUACAACGCCGCAGAGUUCAUCAGUGGAAACCAGGACUGCCUCUUGUUCAAGAAGGAUAAACAUACCGGUGCAGUGAAAGCCCUGGAUUUCAACCCUUUUCAGAAUAACCUACUGGUGUCUGGUGGGUCAGAGUCAGAGAUAUUUAUAUGGGAUCUGAACAACCCUGACAGCCCCAUGACCCCAGGAGCAAAAUCACAGCCGGCAGAGGAGGUAGCAUGUGUGAGCUGGAAUCGACAAGUGCAGCACAUCCUGGCGUCCACAUUCACAGCCAGAUGUGUAGUCUGGGAUCUACGCAAGAAUGAGCCCAUCAUCAAAGUCAGCGACAGCAUGUCCAGGAUAAAGAGUAAGCAUGUAUGCUGGAACCCUGAUGUUGCCACCCAGAUGUGCCUGUCCUCUGAGGAUGACCACACCCCAGUCAUUCAGCUCUGGGACCUUAGAUAUGCUACCUCACCCAUCAAGGUGCUAGAAAACCAUCAAAGAGGCAUCCUGAGCAUGGCGUGGUGCCCCCAGGAUGCUGACCUCCUACUCAGCUGUGCAAAAGACAACAGGAUCCUAUGCUGGAACCCAAACAGUGCUGCCCCCAAUGGUGAAGUUGUAUACGAGAUCCCCACAAGCCAUCAGUGGAGCUUUGACGUGCAGUGGUGCCCGCGAAACCCCAAUGUCAUCUCAAGCUCUUCCUUUGAUGGCAGUGUCACUUGCUUCUCACUCAUGGGAGGUGGUCAUCCUAUACAUCAAAUUGACAAGGUGAGCGACUCAUUCCAAUCCUCUGACCCGUUCGCCCAAGCACAGCACGCCCACCAGCAGUCACAGGUCUCCAGCCAGAACGUGAUGCCAUUGCAGAAACCACCUAAGUGGCUCCAGAAACCAGCUGGCGCAAACUUUGGGUUUGGAGGUAAACUCGUCACAUUUGAGAAUGUGAAGGGUGCGACAGGCCAACCGUCUGGGGGUCGUGUGGUGACAAUGAGCCAAAUUGUCACAGAGACAGAAUUGGUAACUGGCUCACUUCAGCUGGAACAGGCCCUCACUAACGGCCAGCACAUGGAGUUCUGUGCCAUGAAGGCCACCAACGCUAACGACACCAUGCAGGAGAGCAUCUGGAAUUUCCUAAUGAUCAACUUUGAGCAAGAGCCAAGACAGAGGUACAUUCAGCUUCUUGGAUAUGACAAAACAGAUCUGGCGAAAAAGGUCAGCCAACACACAAAAACAGAGGGAUUAAAUGAGUCUAUAGGCCCUGGUGUGGAUGCAGAUGAACUGGCACAGAAGAUGAACCAGCUAGGGACUGGGGACAGUGGCCUGAUGUCUGGACUGUCCAGCAGUGGUCAGGCUUCACCCAGUGUAGGAUCAAAGUUUCAGAACAUAAGAAAGACUCCUGGCAGUCGAGAUGAGAUGAGUUUGCCAGAUGGAGGUGCAUCUGCUUUUGAUGAGAUAGGACAGACAAAGACUGAGGCAAAGAAACAUGAGAAACCAUUAAACCUCAGUAUUGGAGAUGAUGCCGAUGGUUUGUUGUGCGAGGCGCUGCUGAUUGGAAACUUUGAGGCAGCGGUGGACAUGUGUCUGAGUGAGGACAAGAUGGCUGAAGCAAUACUGCUGGCAAUUGCAGGUGGCCCUGAGCUUCUGUCACGCACCCAACAGCGGUUCUUCCAGAAGAACGGCACAAACCUCGGCCGGCUGGUGUCCUCCAUAGUGAACCAUGACUGGCGACACAUUGUCUCUCACUGUGAGUUGGACAACUGGAAGGAGGCUCUCGCUGUCAUCCUCACAUACUCCCCUGCUGAUGAGUUCGCUGAACUCUGUGACAGCCUUGCAUCCCGCCUGGAGACAGAGGGGGAUGGGGACCUCGCGCCUUAUGCGGGUUUGUGUUACAUCUGCUCCGGAAAUGUGGAUAAACUAGUUGAGAACUGGUUCUCUGUUACUCCCAACAGUGGCUCACCCAUGGCUCUACAGGACCUUGUGGAGAAGGUGAUGCUGCUUCGUAAAGCUGUUGAGUUUUCCCGGGGUCAGGCUACGGAGAUCGGCACUGGGGCCCUUGCUGACAAACUGAGCAGUUACGGGGGGAUCCUGGCUGCACAGGGAUGCCUGGAUACUGCACUACGGUACCUCGGAGAAAGUUCAGAGUAUAACCUGAUGGUGCUGCGUGACCGCCUGUAUCAGGCUCUUGGACAGCCUGCCCCUGGAAUUGCUGCCCCGUCCUGCCCUUGGGAGCCCGUCUCCUUGGCCCCUCAGAAAGGAACACAACAGCAACAGCAGUCCUACAGCCGCACCGGCAUGCAGCAGGCGCAGUCAAACAAUACAGCUGGCAUUUCUACUGUUGGUAGUUAUUCAAGCCAGCACGACCAGUAUUCCAACCAGUACUCCAGCAUGAAUGGCAGUGCUGCCCCCACAUACAGCAUCAAUAACCCCCUCACUGCCCCUGGGGCAGCGACGACCUCGUACAGUCAGGGGGCCAAGGGGACAGCCCCUAUUCCCACAUACACUCCCUCUAACACUGCCACAGGGGCUCCAUCAUCCCCUACAAACAAAGGGCCUUUAGCUCACAAGUAUCCACAGCCCAAUGCAUAUAACACAGGAGCCCCUAAUGUGUUCCAGCCUACAAACACAUACAAUCCUAUGGAUUACAAUCAACCACAACCUGCAAAUGACUAUUAUAGUGGCAGUUAUAUGAAUCCAACUAGUCAACCAAUGACACCAAAUGUGUACAAUCCCACAGGAAGUGGUUACCCCAGCAGCCAGCCUCCCGUGGCGCCCCGGACAGGUGCACAUCCCAGCGUGCAUUCGUUCCAAGACCACAAGCCCAACAUAGCGUGGAAUGACCCGCCCAUGGUCGUAAAGAAAGAGAAACAAAAUGAGCCAACAUCAACAUCAGUUGCCCCCAUCACCAACCCGAUAUAUGGUUCCCAGCCUGGCCAACCCCAGGGUCCAGAGCAGGGAACUGGGGCCCCAAACAUGGGCUACGGGAACUUCUACAACCCCCAAGAGUACAAACCUGAACCAAAGCAAGCCCCGAUCAUGGCUACCCAAUCGUACUCCACGAGCAAUGGCUCAAUGGCUAAGCAGCCAGAGCCAGUAGAACCUGUUAGGGAAGCUGCACCAAAACCCCCGGUGCCAGCGGAAAACAAGGUCCUACAGGAAAUCUUUGACAACCUUGUACACAACUGCCAGGCGAAGGCAAACAAUGCCCAAAUGAAGAGAAAACUAGAUGAUGUCACCAAGAAGUUGGAAAUUCUGUAUGACAGACUACGGGAAAGCUCAUUGUCGCCUGCAGUGAUCCAGGGGCUACACCAGAUAGUUCAGAGUGUCCAGCAGUUUGACUACAACACGGGGCUGGCUGUGUAUACACAGAUGGUGAGCCAGGGGAACUUCUCCGAGAUCAGCACCUUCAUGCCUGCUCUCAAGAUGCUGAUACAGUCCGCUGCACAUCUACAGGUCUACAUACAGUGAUGAAUGUGAACUAUAGGAACACUUAAUUACAAUUGUUUGGAAUGUUUAUUAUUGUUAAUUCACAAGUAUACGGAAGCUGUUUCUCAUUAUCUCAUUUUGUCAUAUCAUUGAUGAAGGUGUGGCCAAAUUGAUCAGUUUCUGUGGAUUGAGUAUUUUAAGUUGACCAGUAAUAGGAUUAUGUUUUAUGAUGACAAUUGUUAUGUUGAAUGGUGAUUGGAUGGAUCUGUAAGAUUUCUUUUUAAUGAGUCAGAACUGUUAAUGGUUCAACACUAAUUCCCAUUCAUUCUUUAAUGGUUGUAUGCAAGUUUAUUUCUUUGAAGUCAUUUUUUUUAACAAAACAAGGAUCAAGCAUUAGAUACAGACAAAACAAUGUACAUGCCUCUUUUUUUGCAUAAUUGAUUCCGUUACAGAUUGUUUUCUCACCUGAUUGAAAUUAACAGCUGAUAUUUAUCAGUUGUUUCUUUUUUAUUUGAUUAGACAUAUGGUCAUCAUUGAUGCUCAAUUUCUUUAACUUUUUUUCUCUUUUGCAAUGUUUUAAAUCGUGAUGGCUUUGUUAGUGUCAUAUUUUAUCCCUUUCUUACUGUUCUAUGCAUUGUAUUUAUUUUUGCUGGCUGCUUUAUUAUACUGAAGAAGGGAUGUGUUUGUGUGUUUAAUAGGAUGUUUUUACUAAUUUUAAGGGGACUUUGUCACCAUAACGAAUUACAUGAUUUGUUUAAUACUGAGGCAUUGAAAUAAUAUAGUGAUUGUAUUCAUACUAGGAAAUUUCAGUACUUGGCAAGAUUAUAUCUUAAUAACUGAACUCAAUUAAUGAAAUUAUAUCUGUCAAAAAGUGCUGAUCUUAUUAAAAUGAUGGUAAAUUUAUCCCACUGUAUUCAUAUAUUCGUGACACUCCUUUUAAGCUUGUUUGUUUUUCAAAUUGAGGUAUUUUGUUAGCCUUUGUAUCAUUGUUGUUAUCAGUCAUAAACAUUGACCUUGAUCAUAACGCAAAACUGUAAGAUAUUUUAAUGAAACUUGGUACGUAAGUUGCCAAAGACAAUAAGCACAUAUACAACCAGACCCAUAACUCGAGCUUAAAUAAUUAUUAAGUUAUGCCUUUUUUUUUUACUGACAAACAGCGGAUGAGUUUUGGUAUUCUCUGUAGGGUGCUCUUAUGUAGUGAUAAUGUGACACUUUUGAAUUGAAAUGGUUAUACUCACUUUUAUGUUGGUGCAAGGCUGUUUCUUUAUAGAAUGGUUGUUUUGUUUUCAUUUUUUGAUAUCACACAUUAUUCCCGAAGUAAUAUGAGGUUAUUUCUGUUUCGGAUUAACACAUAGCAUUCUUAUAAUUCUAUUUGAUAAAAUAUUAGUUUGUAUAAGAAUAAGGUUCAUAUCCGUGACAAAUGUUACAAUUCAUUUAUAUAAUCAAACUUCACACAUUGUUUUUCAACGUGUAAAUACAUUUAAUACACUAAUAUUAGAAUGUAUUGCUAGUCACUUUGCCUUGUGAAGAUUUACCUCUAUGUAAAUUCAUUAUCACUGGAGUUUAUUUAUUCAUAAAAAAAAAUCCCAUUUUAUGGGGAAAUUAUUUUUGGAUUGAUUAUAUGAUAGCUCAUAUAUAAUUAAAUGUAAAUGCAUGAAAGAGUGUAUGUAAGUGCUUAUAUUAUUAGCAUGACUUAUUUAGUGAUAUCGCUACUAUUCUGAUGCCAGAACAUGUGACUGAUAUGGAUAUUAAAAUUGUAAAAUCCC